AAUUUUUUUUUUUUUUUUUUUUUUUACAGUGCAUGGAAAAAGAAGGGGGGUAGAGGAGGGGUGCUCAGUGCAUCAUGGGAAGUUGCCCAGCAGCCUAGACCUAUAGUAGUGAACUAAAGAAUGGUUUUAGCAACAUGUACCUAAUAAAGUGGCAACUGAGCAUAUGUGACUAAAGCUGAUACAUUUUUGAGCUCCAUAACAUAUCAAAUUUUGUUUAAAUUAUAAAUAAUUCAUUAAAAAUGUUCAUUGUCAUGUUUUUUAUUGUGAGAAUAAUAAUGGUCUAAGCAGGAAACUGGUGUCAUUGAGUGUGAAGUUAAAAUAUUAUGUCAUGUGUUACUGAUUCAUGAAAGUGUUGGCAGCACUGUAGCUGGGUCAAUAUAUAAUUACAGGAGUUUCUGUAACAUAGUUGACAGGUAUCAUAGUUGACAUUUUAACUGUUUUCAGGCCUAAAAUCAUCAUGGCCACCUAUAACCAAACACCACAUGGCAUUUUAUGGAAAGAUUCUUCUAAAUAUUAUAUAUACACAAUUGUGUAAAAUAGAAAUUAAAAGUUAUUUAUAAAGAUAUUGCAGUAAACCUGCUGACAUGCGAUAAAUCCACACUUGACUCACACACUACUUUAUAUUAAAUAACUCAGAAAGCCUUGGAGUCUUGCCAGUCUUUUCUUCAGGAGGAAAUGACAUCAUGUGGAGCAGGUCAUGUGAUCUGGAAUUAACACACUUCAUUGAGAGGUGUUUUUGUAAUGAGUAACUUAGUUGGAAAUGAUUUCUUGGACACAGAUACAAUUUGUUAUUUUCCAUAUAAAAUUUGAUAUAUUGCUGAAAAAGAAAUAUCUGUCAUGAUUAUCUCAACUUAAUGAAAAAGAACACAAUCAAAACAUUUUUUGAAUAAGCUCAUUUUAUUACUGUUUAGCUAAUUAGAAGGUGGUUGUUAUUAAGUUCGGACGGUUAUUUAGGUGAAAUUUUAGUAAUAUCCAGUCAUUUUUUUAAUUAAUAAAUGAUAGUUUCCAUAAUAAAUAAUAAUGGAAUAUGUAAAGAAAUUAUCAUAAUGACCAUAAAAAACACUAUUUUUUUAAACUUACGAUUAUAUAUUGACCCGGCAAUUCAUUUGCAGUUGUUUUAUAUACUAUAACAAUUGCAGAAUCAUAUCUCAGAUUUGAGCUCACACUGUAUAUAGCUCCAUUCUUCCACAGUUUACCUUUAAUAUCGCUGCUAAACAAUCGCCUGUAAUAAAAGGUGAAAAUCAAACGCUGAUCUCACCAGAGGGAGCAGCGCCUUAGGCAACACUUUCAGACUUCUGCACUUGUGAUUUUCUGCUGUUGCACAUUUCUGCACGCUGGUGUGAAACCACGUGAGGGCAACGUUAUUAAAUCAUCCUUAUUGUUGUUGUUGUUGGUACUUUGUUUACUCCGCCCACCUGUCUGUGCUAUAAUAAGCCUCAGCCGGCAGCCGCAGCAGCAGCAGCAGCUCCGCCUCACGUGGAGCUGCGAGGUUUGGCACAGCUGCUUCUCUGAAAAAUGGAAGCCAACAUUGUUGUUCUGGGGACCGAGAGCGUCGGGAAAUCAGCUCUGACUGUGCGUCUCUUAACUCGGAGAUUCAUUGGGGAGUAUGGAGAUAUUGAAUCCAUCUACAGUCACAGUUUUAUAGCAGAUGGGAGGGAGAUCACUCUGAAUAUCUGGGAUUCACCCUAUUCUGAGGACUCGUCCGUGGAAACGUCCCUCUUCCAGAAGAAGGUCCGGUGGGCAGACAGCUUCAUUCUGGUCUACAGCAUCUGUGACAGGGCCAGUUUCAACAGCAUCAGCAGGUUCAUCCAGACCAUCAAGUCCACCAAAGACUACCUCGGGGCUGAUAAGCCGCCCAUAGUGAUCGUGGGCAACAAACGGGACCUGCACCACCGGCGGACGGUGCUGAGCGAGGAGGGCCGGCUGCUGGCUCUCAACACAGACUGCCACUUCUACGAGGUGUCAGCAGCUGAGAACUACCACAGCGUGCUCAUGGUGUUUCACGGCCUGGUGGACAGGAUGAAGGACGCCAAGCUGACCACCAAGAGGCCUCUGGGGUUCAAGGGCAUCGUGAAAAGCAUGUCUGCAGUGUUCGCCAGGAGACGGACAGACUCGUUUUAAGGCAGACGAGGAGGGAGCUGUGGAUGAAGCUGCAUGAGAGGGGUCAUGCCUUGAUGGAUGUUAUUACAAUCUGUCAGUAAAAGGUUACCACACGUGUCACAUCACUGUGCCAGAGGUAACACUGAAGGCACCAGAGGCACAAAAAACUGGAAGAUACUUUCAUUAGGAAGUGCAUAAGGAAGAAAGAAGGCCAUUAAGCUUCGGAAAACACGGACACAGAGCAGAGAUCACAGAUGUUUUCUGCACUUCAAGACAAACAAGACUGAUAAAAAUGAAAUAAAGUGGUCCUUAUACAGACUCUUGUCAUGUAACAUACUAUAGUGAGCAGCAAUGAAUGCAUUGUGUUUAAGCUAUGGACUAUAUUUUACCAAAUGUGGCUUCAGAUUGGAAGAUUCUAUGCACAGAAUAAAUGUGCCUUUAUUUAUGAUGCACAUGCCAAAGACAAUGUCUUAAGAAGGAAAAAAGCUGGUAAAACCUCAAGUGAAACUUUAUGUGUUACAAGAGAAAGGGACUGAAACGUCUCAGAUUCAUUCUUAAAGGUGAAACAGACACAUUUGUAUUUAUUCAAGUUUAAACAAGGAGAAGAAAGAAGAAACUACAUGUUUUCUAUAUUUAUGAGCUCUCCCAUGAUUCAUGCAUUGAACUGUACUGUUUGUAUGAAAUUUUAAGAGGUUUUCAAUAAAUGGUGUGCAGAA